UCUACAACAAGAGGGUCUUGAGGGUCUGGCACAGUCAGGCUAUCGGCACUCGGGGAUAUCAGGUGUGUUCUGAUUACUGGAUAUGGCUCAGUGACAAACAGUGACUUUAAAUCUGUAUAGUCUGUGUAGCUGCUUGAGUUGUCUGUAAAACAACGAUCUUGCAUUUGCAACAGCUGUGGAUUUUGUAGAGAUUUAACCAAGGUUUGUCACAGAACUAGCCGCAGUCAUGCAGGACUUCCGACGUGCCAAGACCAUGUACGACAUGUACGCAGAGAAACCAGGCGGUGGAACCAUUGAGCCACUCCCAGAAAUCCCCACUGCCUCCAAACCUGAUAUGCCAGUUGAGGAUUACUUUGGGCGUAUGGGAACCAUCCAUCCCUUAGCCGGUAGUCAGACAGCCAGGUAUGGUGCCUCAUCACCAGGUGGCCACAAACCCCGCCCUCGCACCAGGGGGUCCCUCUCCGCCAGAUCCUCCUCAUUUGAUGUAGGUAUACAGGCUGAUAUGCCGCCCAUGGGUAUCCAUGACGACAACAACCCCUUCACUGGGCCCAUGGAUCCCGUCAACCAGCAGUACUACUACCGACAGUGGAAGAUGAACCUCCCAUCUCCCAAGAAGCCCAUCUACCGCUCUGGCCGACUUGGCAGUCCCUGGCGUCACGUCAGGUCUUGUAUCAACAAUGGAGGCAGCCAUCUUGUCUUCAUUGAUGAUGCGACAAGGGGAGUGAGACCUAGAGACAAAAGAACUGUAAAGACGGAGGAGAACUUCUUUUAUCCCCCCGAGGAAGUCCUUAGUCCCCCGGACCUCUCCAUGUACCUGUCUCCUCGUAUUGCAAAGCGGUCAUUCAACAGGAAGCCAGACCUCACCUCCAGCUUCAACGAACGGGCAAAACAAAACUUCAAGUACUGGUACAAUGAACCCAAACCAAUCAACUUUUCCUCUAAAUAUGAUUUCGGAGGUCGAAGUCGUUGGCUUGGAGUAUCUGGUGAAUCCCUAGCUGGUCGAAACCCGAGGUUCACUAUACGUUACUAAUUCAGUGGCAGCUAGGUACCGAAUGAAGGCUCGUCUGAUGACUAUGGGAGUGUGAAACAGUUGUCUUACAGGCAGUCUUUGCUUCCAGUGAAGAAUCAAGCCAGUAUUGUCAGUUAUUAAUUUCAAUGUACUUUCACGCUGAUGUAUAGAGCAGUCAUCAAAGGGCAUUUGCACAAUUUAAUUAUUUUUUUUAAACCUCCUGGGUUUAUGUAGAAUUUAAGGAACAAAAUUCAAGUUAUUUUCAAGGCCCCUUCAAUAUUCAAGGCCGCACAAAGGAACUAAAAUUGAUUUCUAUUAAAAAAAAUACAUUUCAACUUAGGUAGUUCAUUCAAGUCAGGGAUUGGUUAGAAGUCAAGGUCUUUUAAAGGCACAUUAUCCAUCGUCAAGGUCUUUUAAAGACAAUCUAAUUUCAAUCCUUUUUCGAAGCUGUGUGAACAAUUACCUAUGCAAGUUGAUAUCAGUAACUCUCUAUGCGUCACCGAGACUCAACUUCUAUGCAUGGUCAUACACCCAACUGAGAAGUGCUAGUCUGUAGUGAGAGGUAGUCUUAUUUUAAAUAUUGUCAUACCAGUAUUUAAAGGAUUACAAUGCAAGAUUUGUAUAAUUCAAACAGAUGGAAGUAAUUCAAACAGAUGGAAGUAAAGGGGUUUAAACUAGGGAGGUUCUAUUGGCCCUUGAGAUCUUCUGCGUCAUUUGAAUCUAGAAUCCUCCUGAAUAUUCAACAUUUAACAUUAGUUUUAGGGAAGCGGCACCUUCGCUGCUACUUCUGAACACUGUAUAGUUUUAAAUCACAGGGAUGGCAACAGGAAAAUCUAUUUUCAGCUGAAAACUUAAUAUUGUGUCAUCGAGUUGAGGGUUUCUCAAUGGAUUUAGACGAUUCACAAGUUUAAAUAAAAUCAGCGGAGAUCUGUGGGUCAGCGUAAAAUUGCCAUCCCUGAAAUCAUGUUCAUUGUUACAAGUGUAACAAAGGACACCAAACCUUUCAGUAUUAAUUUUGUGAGGUCACAGUGGAAACAUUUUGCAUAGUUAGACUAAAUGUGAAAACACUGACUUUGGCCAUGUUAUUGUACAUUUAUGUCAGCUGGUUUCCUCAUUUCUUUGUGAAUGAUCAAGGACAAAAAUUGCCCUUCUUAAACAUAUUUUAAAUGUUUUUUGACUUAUGACUGCCUUGUGCCAAAUACCAAGUCUUCUUGAAAACAAAGUAAUUACUCUUAUUUGUGUAAAUUUUGGUAAUGAGACUGGUCUGGUAUAACUAAACUUGAUAAGUGAAACAUUUAUCAGCUUAUGAAACUAGUCGUAACGUUGGCAUACAAAUGAGACAUCUCUAUUAGCUAUAAGUCCUAGCUUGAAAUCAGUGUUAACCAGCUGCUGUGGAUGUACACGCUGGGAUGUGGAGAGGGUAAUCCGAAGUGCUGUAUCACGUUCGGAGCAUCUUGCAAUGGCAGUAUUACACCAUGAAUGUACAUAGCUUUGGUAGCUUAGUCUUGUUCGUUUGAAGUUGCUUGCACUAUAUUGUGAACUGAGUCAACCGCUGUACAUAUAUUUCAGGCUAAUAAAAAUGAGUUUUAUAUAA